CGGGUCUCGCCGGCGCUGCAGACGAGUUACGACUACGCCGGAACCAGUCGGGCCAGCACGCCCGACGCCAGCGCGCCCCGCCGCCGCCGCCGCCCGCCGCCGCGGACAGCCUGGAGCAGCAGACGGACGAGGCCAUGGAGAUGCUGGACAGUAGUUACCUGGACGACAUCGAUGACUUCGCAGCCAAUUCGCAUUUUGACGACGAGGUUCCGGGCAAGAUGGAGAGAGGUCACACGUCAGCGGAGUACAAUAGCUACGAACCGGAAGUGAGAGUUGUACGAAGCCCGUCUCCGCCCCAGGAUUUCAUUGACCCGCUGGAUGACGUGUUUGAAAUAGAAGACUUCGACAGCCAGGGGUCCAUGGCUUCGCUGGGCGGCGCCGUUCGGAGCAAGAAGAAGGCUCCCCCUCCGCCCCCCACGGCAGGCCCUUCGACGUCCGAUGGCAAGAAAACGGGCGGGUUCUUCGGGAGGGUCAAGAGAGAAAAGGAUAAGGAUAAGGAGAAGGAGAAGGAGAAGAAGGCGAAGGAAAAGAAGGAGAAAAAGAAAGACGAUAAACCUGCAGGAAAGAGGUUCCAGCUUUUUGGCGGAGUCAAGAAGACAGGCGAGCCUUCAGCUGCAGAAGACAGCCAAAAAAUCUCUAACGAAAUACACAGGUUUUUGGCGGAUGUCAGAAACAGCGAGCCUUCAGCUGCAGAAGACACGCCCACAAAAUCUCCUAAGAAAGACAAGGCUGUUAAAGAUAUACAUUUGUGUAUAUCUAAUGGCUAA